AUGGCUGCAGAGACCUUAUCCGAUUCUGAGCGGCUCUUCUCCCUAGAACUGCUGGUGGACUGGGUACGCCUGGAGGCGCGGCUCCUGCCGCCUGAGGACCAAGAGGAGGCCGGGCCGCCCCCGCCCAGUUUUCUCCGCCUGGCUGUGGCCUUCCGUCUUCUGGACUUCCCCACGCUGCUGGUGUACCCUCCGGGAGGCCCCGUCGCUCCUUCUCGCGGACCCCUGCCUGGCUCCUUCCCUUUUGGCCGCGGCAAGUCCUGUCUUUUCCGUUUGGGUGCGGCCACUCUGCAGCGUCUGUUGGGCUUCUCACCUCUCUAUGCGCUGCUCCUGACUGUGCCCCCCGGCAGCCCGACCCCGGCUCCGAAGCUUUUGGGCAGCUGCAGCAUCUCACUAGCCCCCGCUGCCCGAGGGCUCACCGGAGGAGAGGAGAAUGGGCUCUCUACCACGGGAGCUUCCCAGGGUCACCGAGGUCUUUAUGUCCUGAGAGACCUGAUGGGGGAGCAAGUAGGGCAAAUUUACCUAGGUUAUCGCUUGACUGAUUUGGGGAGCACUUUGCUGGGUCACAUUCCCCCAAAGACACCUGUGACUUUCCAGAGGGAGGGGGAGAGGAAUGCUGCUGGAGCUCUGGUCAGUAGAGUGGAAAAAAUGAGGACAAAUGAGAGUAUAUCUCCAGCCCCACAGGGGAAACAGCCAUCUCCUCCACCAUUCAUAAACAUUGUUCAAGUGGAGCCAGAGGAUUUGGAUGAUUUGGAAGAACCCAAGCCACAGGAUGAUGUAAUUGAGAUAGUUACCUGUGACAAAACUAAGCCAAAGCAGCAGGAAUAUGUGGUUAAGAUAGUUAAAACUCCCAGUAAAUACAAGAGGAGUGAUAUAGAUUUAGAGUUGACAGAUUCUUCCCAGUCGGAGAUUAUGAGAUUAAAUGAGGUUAGAGAAAACAAUAGUACAACAAAUCAGGAAGUUACAGAGUUAGAACUUGAAACUAACAUAAUUUGCCCACCACCUCUGUAUUAUUCUCAUCUGGAGCCAAAAAAGAUCCCCCCAGCUAAGGGCAAAUUCAUAACUGUACCUCAAAUCACUAUGCCUAAAGAAUCAGAUGAUGUGGUUCAGGAAGAAAUAGCCCCAUGCCCCUUGGUAAGGAACCAUGAUGUACCAUCAGAUCAGAAUCAAACUUCAAUGGCCCAAUCUCGUCCUGACCCAGGUGAAUUUUUUGACCAAGAUAAACUUGACACUAUAAGGCAGCUGCCUCUAUUAAAUGCUUUGUUAGUUGAGUUAUCUUUAUUAUAUAACCAGCCCCUUGCAACUGCUACUGGUAUACACCCUCACUUAGCCUGGUUAUAUAGGCCUGAGGACAGGAAGGCUCCAGAACCUUCCGAAAAUGCCACUGGUAAAACUGAAGAAGUUGGAGACAAGUUUUUACCCAGGGAAAGAGAAGAGAACUUAAAUCCUCAAUUAACAAGCAGCCAGGUUGAACACAGUCUCAAAAAAGGAGUAUGUUUUGAAAAAAAACAUAUCAUCCCAAAAAAAGUAGUUCAAAAAAGAAAGCUGUUUUAUGGCCUUACAAAUACACUCAAACUCCGUUUAAAGCGUACAAACCCAGCCAUGUUAAUACUACAUGAAAAAAGAGAACAGUAUAGAAAAAUGCAAACAGAAAUGCCAGAAACAGAAAAACUUAGGCUCCCAUCAUCUAAGGGGAAAAGUUAUACAGAAGAGCAUGGGAAGCCACACACACUUCCCAGCAAUCUGUGUUCUACUUCAAAUAUUCUUGCUGAAAACAUUAAAAGUUUAAAACAAAAUGAGGUGGAAUCUGAAGGCCAAAGCUUUACAAAAGAAACUCAUGUUUCAGGAAGUGGAACUGAAAAGGAGAUAAAUGUUGAAGUCGAAGUAAAUAAGGAACCAGCUAUAGAAAAAGACAAUGUGAUAAGCCCCAUUUUACCUGAGAAGGUCACUCCUACAGAUGUUUCAGAAAUAUCUAAGAAAGAAGUAAAAGUCCAUCAUCUAGAUACUGACUCAGAGAAUAGCAGAAUAGACAAUAUUGUCAUAGAUUAUAGUAAUGAAGCAAGUGACAAACAGGUUGAAACUAUGGCUUCUGACUUUCAUCCUCUUGAUUCAGAUGAUAAUAAAUCAAGUAAAAAUAGCUAUUCUGAAAGUGUAUUAGAAGUAAAGUAUUCUGAAGACUUUACUAGCCCUUGCUAUUCUGAAGAUUUCUCCAGUGUUGCUGAUACUGUUGGAAGUUCUAGGAUUCAUGAUAGCAUUCCUGAACUGGAAGCAAAUAACCUCAGUUAUUCUCAUUUAGAUACUGAUUGUAAGUCUAGUGAAUCUAAAACAUCUAGAAAAAGUCAUAAAAAUGAAAUGAAUUCUGUUCUUACCCCACCUUUUUCAGCUGGCUUGCCAGUACAUUCAUAUAAAAAGUCUCAUCUUUCAAAGUCUCAGGGCAAAAGCCUCGUAGAUGCAAAUAAUAUCUCCAGCAGUGACAUUUCUUCACAUUGGAGUGAAAGGAAGAAAAAACAAAAUGACCAAAAUAGCAUUCAUAAUUCUGAAGUGAAUAGUCAAGGGAUUGUUGAUAAAUCUAACCCAAGAACUGUUCAAAAAUCUUUAGAAAAAAGCCAGUCCCUGAGAACCUCCCAAGUGAGUUCUUAUUUGCCAUCUAAUAUGUCUGAACUAGAACUUAGUGCUCUGGAUAGCUUUACUUCAGAUCAGAUUGAAGAAAAUGAUGAACUUGGCUCACUAAAUAUUUGCAAUCAAUACAAAGACAUUUGUGAGUUAGUAAUAAAUAAGCUUCCUGGGUAUACAGUGUAAGAUUGAAGUUUUUUCAUAUUUAACUUUUUAAACAUGUAGUAUUACUGAAUUUUAUAGCAUUUAUAUUGCUUAUUUUUAUA